AUGGAUAACAUUCCUUAGGAUUAUUUUAAACAAUAAAGAUAAAAUAAAAGAGAUAGUGAUGCAAAUAUUCAAAAGGGAAUCGUCAAAAUAGUUAAGAAAUAAACCUCAUCCUAUCAUACUUCUUAUUAUCAAGAAGAGCUCAAGAUAUUUGAAAAUUAAUUUGAAUCUCUUCUUCAUUAGAAGAUAAAGUAAAGGAUAAAUGAUGCGAAUCAUAGAAUAUUCAGAGAUAUUUAAAAUAGAAGAUAUCCCAGGAAAUAAUAAACUAUUUCAUUCAAAAAAUUUCGUUUAAUUAUGGAUUAUGAUUUUUCAAUCUAAUGAGUUUAUUUAUAUUUAUGUCAUCA